AUGCGGACGGGCCUGGAGUCGGGAAUGAGGCGGGGGCUGAUGGCGCGGCAGAAACCGGUGGAGAAUCCCUCCCUUGUUGCUGCCGUGGAUACAGAUCCUCAGUGGGACACCCUGAUCAGCAGGCAGCGUCUCCUUGAGGCGCAGCGCAACGACGGCCUGUGUCAACGGAUCCUCAGCCACUUAGCUGACCUGAACGCGCAACCAAGCGAUGCAUUGUACCCGGCGCCGGCGGCCUUCACCGAUGUGCUCCCGGAGGUCCCGUUCACGUUCAGCCCCUUGGGACAGGUCUCCCGCUGUUCGUGGGCCUCGUUACCCGCCAUCGAGAGGCCGUGUCCGCACGGUCGCAACAUGGACCGUCCUCGACUCUACCGACCGUCCCGUGGCCUGGACGUCGCGCCUCCCUUGGGAGAUCCAGCCCCGCCCUUUACUUGGCGACCCACCCCUCGAUGCUCCGGAGCCGUUCCGUGGACUCCUCUCGGAUCGGCACCCGAUCGAGCCAUCACAGCCCUACACGGCCGAGGAGACCAGGAUCCUUUGCCCGCUUUGCCGGGUCCCAGAAAUUUCCCGCCGGGCCCACCAGGACGGCCCCCUCCACCGCAGCCGCCUCCUUGCGGCAACAAUCCGGGACACCAUCCCUCGACCACGGCCGGGUGCCCUUCCAGCUCCUUGCCACCGCAGCCUCCCGUCGAUGACCUCCUCGACUUCGACGAAUGA